UCUUGGGUCCCGCUUGUAAGAUGACAUGGCCCGAUAGAAGCUGUGACUGGACCAAACCGAACUAGACACUCGCCGCAGAGAACCUAAACCUCCGUAGUUGCUUCUUCUUCACCUCUGUAACUCUGCCACUGCAAUUUGAAACCUAAUUGCCCCAAUUUGACGCUUAUCUCUGUUCUCUGAAAAUCCAUUUUAGGAAAUUUUAGCACAGAAACCAUUACAAUGCAUUCGCUGCUUUUAUAUUUAGGUAGUUGUCCUUUUAUUUGGAGAUUAUUCACCUUAUCUAUCUGUUAAAUCCUGCUGUUAAGCACAUGAAGUUUUGGUCUUUUUGGUUCUGAGGUAGAGCAGAGAAGCAAAGAAGGAUAGCUAAAGCUUCAGCAAGUGAAAACUGGUUUACAGAAGCUUCAAAUUCUUCUGGGUUGUGGGUUAUGUUGUUAUCAUCUAUUAGCUAUUAGUUAUAGAACUUUCGAAUGAGUCGCGCUUUGCUUCCUAAGCAUGUUUCUGCAGUUAUCAAAUGCCAAAAGGAUCCCCUUAAAGCGCUUGAAAUGUUCAAUUCAGUGAACAAGGAAGAUGGGUUUAAGCACACAUUACAAACUUACAAAUGCAUGAUUGAAAAGCUUGGGGUUCAUGGUGAGUUUGAAGACAUGGAGCGUGUGCUUUCCGAGAUGAGGAUGAAUAUCGAUAAUAGCUUACUAGAAGGGGUGUACAUCGGAGCCAUGAGGAAUUAUGGAAGGAAAGGAAAAGUUGAAGAAGCUGUUAAUGUGUUUCAAAGGAUGGAAUUUUAUCAUUGUGAACCCUCGGUUCAAUCUUAUAAUGCAAUCAUGAAUGUACUGGUUGAGUAUGGAUAUUUUGAUCAAGCCCAUAAAGUGUAUAUGGGCAUGAGAGAUAACGGGAUUGCUCCGGAUGUGUAUACUUAUACGAUACGGAUAAAGUCUUUCUGUAAGACUAGGAGGCCUCAUGUUGCAUUGAGGCUUCUUAAUAACAUGCCUUCUCAGGGGUGCAAGUUCAAUGCUGUCGCAUAUUGUACAGUCAUAAGUGGAUUUUAUGAAGAGAAUUAUCGAAUUGAGGCAUAUGAAUUGUUUGGAGACAUGCUUGGGCAAGGUAUAUGUCCCAGUGUUACCACAUUUAACAAGCUUAUACAUACCUUGUCCAAGAAGGGGGAUGUCCAAGAAAGCGAAAAACUUCUCAACAAGGUUCUGAAGAGGGGUGUGUCUCCAAAUGUGUUUACAUUCAAUAUUUUCAUUCAAGGGCUUUGCAAAAAUGGCUCACUCAGUGGGGCUGUCAAAAUGUUGGAUGGUUUUAUGAUGGAAGGUCUAACUCCCGAUGUUGUUACAUAUAAUACAUUGAUCUUUGGCUUGUGUAAAAACUUCAAGGUUGAGGAAGCAGAGUGCUAUAUGAGUAAAAUGGUAAACAAUGGAUUUCGGCCUGAUGCCUUUACUUACAACAGUAUUAUUGAUGGGUAUUGCAAACUGGGUAUGAUACAAAAAGCAGAUAAGAUUCUCUGUGAUGCCAUUUUCAAGGGGUUCGAACCUGAUGAGUUCACAUAUUGCUCGUUAAUUAAGGGGUUAUGCCAGGAUGGCGACAUAGACCGAGCCGUAGCUGUAUUUGAUGAGGCGUUUGGAAAGGGAUUAAAGCCUAAUAUUGUUCUCUAUAACACAUUGGUAAAAGGGUUGUCACAGAAUGGGCUUAUCUUGCAAGCCUUGCAACUGAUGAAUGAGAUGUCAAAAAAUGGUUGCAGUCCCAAUAUCUGGACUUACAACUUAGUUAUAAACGGGUUGUGCAAGAUGGGUUAUGUAUCUGAUGCCAGUAAACUCGUGAGUGAUGCUAUUGCCAGAGGAUACCUUCCUGACAUAUUUACCUUCAAUACAUUAAUAGAUGGUUACUGUAAGCAGUUGAAUCUGAAUGGUGCUGUCGAGGUAAUAAAUAGCAUGUGGAGUCAUGGUGUUACUCCUGACGUGAUCACAUAUAAUACUGUGUUAAAUGGCCUUUGCAAGGCUGCAAAAUAUGAGGAUGUGAUCCACACCUUCCAAGCAAUGAUGGAGAAGGGCUGUGUUCCUAACAUCAUCUCGUAUAACAUACUUGUAGAAAGCCUUUGCAAAGCCCGGAAAGUAAAUGCGGCCUUGGAAAUGCUACAGGAAAUAAAAGUCAAGGGCUUGACUCCAGAUAUUGUAUGUUUUGGCACGUUGUUGACUGGUUUGUGUGGCAAUGGGGAUUUGGAUGGAGCAUACCACCUAUUUACAAGAAUGAAACAUGAAUAUAAUAUAUCUCAUACAACAGCAACGUACAAUAUCAUGAUCAAUGCUUUGUGUGAAAAGCUAAAUGUUAGCAUGGCACAAAAGCUAUUUUGGGAGAUGGGUGACAAAGGCAGUGCCCCGGACUGUUUUACUUACCGUGUCAUGAUUGAUGGUUUCUGCAAAGCAGGAAAUACUGAUUCUGGGUACAAUGUCCUCCUGGAAAAGAUCGAGAAGGGGUUCAUUCCCUCAUUGGUGACAUUUGGAAGGGUGCUGAAUUGUCUUUGUGUGAAUCAUAGAGUUCAUGAAGCUGUUGGCAUCAUCUACCUUAUGGUGCGGAAAGGCAUUGUUCCUGAGGUUGUGAAUUCAAUCUUUGAGGCUGAUAAGAAGGAAAUAGCAGCACCUAAGAUUGUUGUAGAAGAUUUGUUGAAGAAGGGUCAUAUAACGUAUUAUGCCUAUGAACUUCUAUAUGAUGGAAUUAGAGAUAAGAAGUUAGUGAAGCAAACACAAAAAAGAUUCAAACCAGGUAUUCACGUGACUUCACAGUGAAGCCCUUGAUUGUUGAAAACUUCAUUUCUUCAUUUAGGGAGCAGAGAUACUUCUUGAUAUGGCAUUAUUCAUGAUGAUGCCAAAAACUUGAAAUAACAAGCUUUUUGACCAGUGCUCUGGUAGCUUCUGUGGCCAUAUUUGUCACAGAACUUGGUGGAGAUAUUGAAUAUGGAGACCUGAGUAUCAUGUUCCGGGCCUUUCAGAAACCAACUAGUACACUAAAAAGUUCUGAGUCCUUGAACAACAAAGUUGGUAUUAACGAAGCGCCGGGCUAAAUGACUAUCUCUUGUGAAGACAUUGAACAUUUGCUAUUUCUUACAGGAACUACUCCAAGAGUGCCAAUUCUGGAAACUGUUACCUGAUUAUAUCGAAAAUUAUUUGAGUUACUUUUUACGCCUCUGUAAAACCGCAUGAAGCAUGCAGGUUUUUAUUCAGCACAUGUUAGUUGUCAUGCAUAAAAAAAUUAGCAGCGCGAUGCAGAGAAGAAGAUGUGAACCUAAGUGGCGUUUGGUUCUGGUUCCAAAACCAUUUUGUUUGGUCCUUUGAACAAGCGGAUUAUACAGGGCCUUUUUAGUAAGUGUACACUUCAUUGGAUCCACAUGCUCUAUUAUUUUAUUGAGUUUCUUAGAUGUACGAGUAUAUUGGAAAAGCUAUAGAUUGGGUAUGAAUGUGUGUAUUACUGAGUUCACAGACGGCAUACAAUUUUAUUUAACAAAAGCUAUGAUAGC